CCGGAGCUGGAUUCCCUUGCACUGCGAAGAGCUGCACGUGUUGCUGCACGCGUAGCAGUGAAGUCCAAGGAAAACUGUGUUGGCGGGCUGACCUGGCGGGGCGUUAUCCUAUGCUACCUAUAGCGAAACAAAGGGUCGUCGAUUGGUUCAUGAGCAAGGCUGCGUGGGGCAGCGGGGUCUCGGCUGUUGGGUCUGCUGCUGCACGUGUAGCAGUGAAAGGAAAACUGUGUUGGCGGGCUGACCUGGCGGAGCGUUAUCCUGCAGCAAAACAAGAGGUAGUCGAUUGCUUGACGAGCAGGGCGACGUGGGCCAGAGGUUUCUCGCCUGUUGGAUCUGAUCCUCUGGAACCCGGAGGAAGGGAGCGAAGAUCGUGGCUAUGGCGGCCAUUGCCCGCAUGGCUGCCGCGUGUGGGCGGCACGCGGGGGCGGCAUCUCUCGCAACGGCCACGAGUAAGUCGCGGCCCGCCAAUGCCUCCGGUCGGAGGGCUUUGGCCCUGUCGUCGUCCUCGUGCUGCUGUUCGCCAGUCUCGCGUUUCCCGGCAAGAGAGGCCUUAGCCUCGAUGGCUAUGAAAACCCGCUCCUCGCAGCUGUCGCUAGGGUUCCACAAGAGUUCUAGUCUCGGCUUCGCGGGUACGGCCCGUUUGGGAUUUUCUCGGGGUGUAGUGAUGGGAGGCAGACCGGUUGGGGGGGAUCAAGUUGCGCGGCCGUGUCGUCGGUCUCGCCGGUCGCCCAGAGAUGGAGAUGGCGUCGCCGCUCCAGCCACAGCCGUAGCAGCAGCAGGGUACAAGCUGAAGACCCACAAGGCGUCGGCGAAGCGGUUCAGGGUUACGGGCAGUGGGAAGAUUCAGAGGAGGAGAGCUGGAAAGCAGCAUUUGCUGAUGAGGAAGACGACAAAGAGGAGGAAGAGGUUGUCGAAGAUGUCGCUGGUGAAGAUUUGCGAUAGCGAAAACAUAACGAAGGCGCUUCCGUACCUGAAGGUCGCAAAGUCAAAAUAAAUUUUGUUAUUAUGAAUGAUGCUUUCUUAAUUACGAAUGACCAUGACAACAGGAGUUCUUGCCCUCGUUUGUCUUACUACCUCUCUGCUUUGAUGCAUUUGAUGUACCCUCUACCUAUCUUUUCCCUUGCCCUCUUCCUUCCUUGGCCUGCUCUCCUCCCGUCCGGUGCUCUCCGCCAAACCAGUAAUCCAUCCGUCAUCCCUUUUGCCUGUUGACAUGGUUCACCGCCCGCCCCCCCCCUCCCCCCCCCCCCCCCCCCCCCCCCGAUAAAAAAACAGACGCACCGACCACGCUAUCGGGGAGAAGUCGGUUGUGUCAUCGGAGGCGUGUUCGGUCUUAAGGUGGAAAGAAACAAGGAAGAAGGCGCCCAGCGCCGGGGGAACGAGGCGCCCCCGCCGGGGGGGAAGAAGGGGACCCAGGUCUGUGGGAAGAAGGCGCACAGUCCCGGGGGGAGAAGGCGCACAGUCCCGGGGGUGAAAGGCCCACAGACCUCAGGGGAGCACUUGCCCGACCUUCACCACUCUCAACCUGUGGCACGUGUUACCAGCUGAUGAAUGGCUUCCAUUUGGGACCCCAUCCCAUAGAAUUUGGGAAAGAAGGGGGGACAAACAGUGAGCUCGGUUGAAUGAGAGAAGAGGGUGGGGGCGAGAGCGAAGAUAAGAGAGGGACCUUGCGCUUGCCCGACCUUCUUUUGUAGUCACCGCAGUUUUCAGUUUCUUUGCUGAAAAAAUUGUACCUGGCAUGUUUUUUCUUCUUUUUACGCAAUUUUUCCACAGGCUCUCUUUGCAAACGAAACGUUGUACGUCUUCGCAUUU